AUGAACACCUACCUUUUCAUUUAUUAUUUAAUCCAGUUCUGUGGACACUCAUGGAUAUUUACAAAUAUGACAGUCAGAUUUUUUUCAUUUGGGAAAGAUUCUAUGGUAGAUACUUUCUAUGCUAUCGGGCUCGUGAUGCGUCUUUGUCAGUCGCUUUCACUUUUGGAGCUUCUGCACAUAUAUGUGGGGAUUGAAUCCGAUCGAUUUUUGCCCAGGUUUCUACAGCUAACUGAGAGAAUAAUCAUACUUUUUGUGGUAAUCACCAGUCAAGAUGAAGUCCAAGGAAAAUAUGUCGUGUGUGUUUUAUUCUUCCUCUGGAAUCUAUUGGACGUGGUUAGGUACACCUAUAGCAUGUUAUCCGUGGUGGGAAUUUACUACCACAUUUUGACAUGGCUCAGUCAAACACUCUGGAUGUUCAUUUAUCCUCUUUGUGUUCUUGCUGAAGCAUUUGUCAACUACCAAUCACUGCCUUAUUUUGAAACCUUUGGCACUUACUCCACCAAACUGCCUUUUGACUUAUCAAUAUAUUUUCCAUAUGUUUUGAAAAUAUACCUCGUGGUACUUUUUAUAGGUAUGUAUUUUACCUAUGAUCACCUUUACUCGGAACGAAAAAAUAUCCUCAAAACCUUUUAUGUCAAAAAGAAGAAAAACUAAGGCUUUGUCAUGAAGACCAUCUUGUGCAAUAUGCUGCUGCUAACAUACCACUGAAGUACUUUUUGAUCGAAAAAAUGCCAAAUGUUUGAAGAAUAGCUAAUAUUUUUCUUCUAACUUGGAAUGAAACAUGGAAACCCUUCAAAGAGCCCUGGGCAUUCAAAUAUGGUUGUUCUCUGUUUCAUACACAUUUUGCUUCCUGCCUCAUCACCACUGUGGAUUUUUGUUGUUGAAAGUUACAUUAGAUAUUUUUGUAGAAGCUUGUUUUUUUUUUUUCUUGUAAGCUAAACAACUGGAAUAAAUUCAACUGGAAUAAGGGUCUCAGUUCAUUUUUUGAAACAGUGGCUAGUAACCUAAAUUAUUUCCAGUUAUGUACAUUUUUUUUCCUCCUUGGACUUCUCAAUGUACAAAGAUAGAGCUAGCA